CCUGGUGAGAAAUGACAGAAGAACACGCAGAAGACGACGAAAAUCAAAAUGGCGACGACGGUAGAAAAACGGAGCUCAGUGGAAAUGAAUGAGGAAAAAGAAGCCGUAAUGGGGCGGGUCAACUACAAUUGGGUCGACAUCACCCAGGAAUUCUUCGACUCUAUCAAAGGUUUGGAAUUGGGUGAGCUUUUACACGAUGAUCUAUUUGGUCUCUUCGAGGCGAUGUCGGCAAUAGAGAUGAUGGAUCCAAAAAUGGAUGCAGGAAUGCUCUGCAAUCGGGGAAACAACAAGCCUUAUACAUUCAAUCAAGCCGUGGAUUCGGGAACGAUUAAAUUGGAUAAUUUAGAAGUGUCGGAUGUGAUAGCAAUAAUUGAUUCGACAUACGCGUGUAUAGUUUCGUGGUUGGAAGGCCACAGUUUAGCUCAAACCGUCUUUACCAAUUUGUAUUUGCACCAACCUAGCCAAAUUGUAGAUAAGCCAUUGAAAACAUUCUGUUAUGCUGUUUACAAAAUUAUCGAAAUCAUCAAAGAUUGCAUCACUAGAGCACUAGUCUUUGAGGAAGAGGAUUUUCAAAGUUUUAUGUACGAAUAUAGACUGCAGCAAGAUAUUACCGAACAAAAGACAGUUGCUAUGUUGAGAGAAGUGGAGGAAGAGCUGCACAGAAAAAGCCGUAUUAAACCUACCUCUGAAGAAAAGGAAAAAGAGUAUAAUGAUGGAUUGGCCCUUUACGCGAGGAUGCGAUUUACAAAGAUGUUCUACCAGACGUUAUCCUUUUUGGGAAAGAAGGAGCAACUCCAUCAGAACUUGACAGACUGCCAGAGGCUUCUUUCGAAUUGUACUGAUAUGAUUCAAGUUAUGAUACGAACUGUGAACCGAGGAUCCAAGGCAGAAGAAAUAACUAAUCAUCCAAACGUUAUGGGUUUUGAUCCCAUGGUAAACCAAAGAUUGCUGCCUCCCACGUUUCCACGAUACACCAAAAUAAAGCCAAGGGUUGAUGCCUUAGAAUACUUGGAUGAAUUGUUAAAUCGAUUUAAGGCAGUUAUAAAAAUUACUAGUUAUACAAACUUCCAUGGUGCUUUGGACUUUUUUCUAGAAUUUUCUCGCAACAGUCCUUGUAUAUUGUCGAGAUCGAUGCUACAAAUAGUUUAUUUACCAUCAGCCAAUCGUGUAUUCGGAAUGCAGAAAUUCACCGACGUUUUGAGAGAUGCAGCGAGAAAUUUUAUUGCACCUCCUGCCUUAAUGCCGAAGAGCACUCUGCUUCAAAAUCACCAGGCGAAAGAGUGCGUUGAUAGUUUUUUUAAUCAUUGUACCAGUUUAUUUGGAACUUUGUUACAAUUAAGUGGACACAAUAGAGCAAGGCAGAGGGAUAAACUGGCACAUUUGUUAGACGAUUUCGCUACACUUCAGGACGAGGCCGAAAGAGUGGACGGAUAUAUGCACGCAUUGUCGUUAAAAAGUGACACACCAAGACCACAUUUGGCCUAUUUUGGUACCUGGAUUUUAUAUCACACGCUGCGUGUCAUGGUGAUGUAUUUGUUGAGUGGAUUCGAACUUGAACUCUACUCUGUUCACGAAUACCACUACAUAUUUUGGUACCUCUACGAAUUUUUGUACGGCUGGCUUGUGUCUGCAAUCACGAGAGCGGACUCAUUUCUGAUGGAACAGGACAUUCACAAUGAUGCUCAAAAAACCAGGGGAGGCAAAAAGAGUGCGAAAAGCAAAAAGAAGAAAGUCACUCCUAGGCCUUACAAUUUAGAAAUUUUGUUGUAUCAAGCCAUGCAGAAUAUCUGCGGCGGCUACUAUAAGGCUUUGGUUGGUUUCCGGAUGGAUGGAAAAAUUCCUCUUCCAGAAAUGCAGUUUGAUUCGGAGCGAGUGAGGUACGAACACAGGUUGUUGCCAUUCUCGUCGCUUCUCACACCACCACCCGUUCAUUAUCAGGAAUUUUUGGAUAUGACGCAACUACAGAAAAGUAAAAACUCUGUUCAGGAAUGUUUCACGAGUGAAAAUCAGUACUUGGCAGGUUGCCGUCAUUUUCAUCAGGCGAGAAAUAUAUUGGACAGAGCUUUAAGUCUUUCUCCAGCCAAUUCGAACACAGUUAGCGAGAUAAACGAUUUAUUGAAGGUAGCCAAGACAAAUUUUAUCGUCCUGAAGCUGCUAGCUGGAGGUCACAGAAAGGACUCUAAAGAGCCACCACUCUUUGACUUUUCAUGCCAUCAACACUUUCCUUUGAUAAAACUCACAUAAGCUCAUAAUUAUGAUUUAUGAAUUUUGAUUUAUUAUAAUUGAAGUGAUAAAUUAUUUAUUUUAGUUAACAUUAAACUAGAAACCAGUCCUUUUAAUGAUUGUACAUUGAUCAUUUUCGUACUAAUGUACAUUGUACAGUUUAGAUCCUUAAUCUUUCCCCCCAGUUAACUCCAUGUGAUGAUUUUCUACAUUUUGAAUCGACAAUCUUACAGACUUCGAACAUUUCUAGUAAAUUUACCGCUGAAUUUGCGGCGUACACUGAUAUUCGUCUAACAUAAGUGAGAUGAAAAUAGGAAUUUGUAGAGUUUAGAUGCGAGGCUUCAACAUCAAAUUAGAAAAGAAAUAAUAUUCAUAUACAAGACAUUUUUAAUAGUGCAAUAGUUGUAUGAUAUGUAACGAGGAAGUAAGUAGAUCCAUUGUGAAA